GAGGAGUUAGAGAGUUGCCAUGUGAAGCGAUGUACUGGACGAGAUAAAGAACCAUUUAGAUUGAAUAUGACUGCUUAUAUAAAACCUGCAAUGUAAGUACAGUGGCUUUGAGUUAAAUGAAAAACUGUCAGAUGUUGUGUUGGUAUAUUGAAAUUCAUUUUCCAAUCACGACAGUCUCGUAAAAGAGGGGGCUUUCAAGUUCAAGAUAGCCACAGAGAAACGCAUCUACAUGGAACAAGUGGCAAAACAUGUUAUCUGCGUAUACCAUUACAGUAUAAACAUUAGGCGCAGAUUCAGGAUCGUCUGAUAUAGUGAGUGAAGUCUGUGCUAAAGGGCGCGCCCUUUCACCAGCACCCCAAAAAUGAGAUAUAUCAAAUGGAGAUUUCAGUUCUCUAUACGUAAGAUCAUUUACUCAGCCAGGUUUUUGCAUGCAAACUAAACCCCACGUUGCACAAGAUAAUUUUCCUUGCAGCGCAUUUACUUCAUAACUGCGACAAGUCGUUUGAGUAUGGUAUUGUAGGUAGGAAAACGAGGCGGAUUUAAACGCUGGUUACUCUUUUGUUUAUUCUGUGCAAAUAGUUCACUUAACAUGGCCCUGUAUCCGACGUUGCAACCACUUUAGUAAUCUACUGCAGCUAACUCCCGACUAUUUUCUUCAAGUGCAUUUUACAUGUCAAAGGAAACUUACGCUCUGUAUGGGUAACAAUUACUUCUACGUAAUAUAGUUUGUCCAUUUCCGCUGAUGAUGAAGGAACACACUUUAAGACAAGCGCUGGUGAUUUACUGAAAAUAUCUAAUGGUACUAUCUUUGAGGUAAGCACGAUUUACCUAUUCUAUGUUUAUUUUUGGUAACAUCCUCGUGUUUCCUGCACGAUCUCUCUUUGAUCUCGACACCAUGAAGAUAUAAUCGUUCUUCUAUACAUUUAUUAUUCAUACAUUAAAAAGACCUGAUCGACUCGUGUGUGCCUGUGACGGAUUCACAUAAUUAUCUGAUUUAAAUGCUUGAUAACAUUUGUUCCGUUUUAUGUAAACAUUAUCAGCCCUCCACAGCCCAGUGCCCCUCCCUCCAUUACACCCCAUUCUACCAGGUGGGUAUUUUAGGCAACGGGCAUAAAAAUGUGUUUGGUGAUAUUCAUAUAUACAACUGCAUAUUGUGGCUUAGUGAGUUGACCUGACCUGAUCUGGCGGACCUGAAGUAACAGAAGAGAAGAUGCUUUCUUUGCCCGAAAAUCUUCAAUUUGGUUGACUUUCACAAACUUUCGGCUAAGGGCGUUCGGGGACAGUAUAGAGAUUCAGAUUUAAUUUAACUUCCACUACCUCUAACUGGCUUAGUACACAUCUAAUUGGUUAAUUAACAAAUAAUUUAUAUAACAUUUUCCGUGUUGAUAUACAGUUAUAUCAAGACGAGUGGGAAUUGGGAAAACGAGAAAUUGUGGAAACACGACACCCGAAGGACGGAGUGUUUUCAAACAAUUUCGAGUUUUACAAUUUCCACGAGUGUUGAUAUAACUGUAUAUCAAUACGGAAAAAUUUAUAUAUUUUUUUUUAUAAUAUAGCACAAAGAAAUAUAAAGAAAGAAAUUUUCCAUGUUGACAUUGAGUUAUAUCAACACGGCUCUUAGCCAAUCAGCGUUCAGAAUUUACAAAUGUUAUAUUAUAAUCGAAUAUAUCAAACGCAUCUGGGAAGUCAAAUCUGAAUCUCUAUAAUGGGCUCUCGGAGACGUUAGCCAUACAUACGCGCUCGCGUCCAUAUUAGAAUUAUAAACUUGUAAAAACUAAAACCAACAAUGUUUUUCUUUAGACAAUGAAAGAAGUUCACAAGACAUCUCAUUAUACUUUAUCCAACACAAGUCAAGCUACAGUUUCAUUUCGUCUACUUGUCGAGAAACCAUUCAAUGUCCUCGAUAUCAGCGCUCCACCUUCUGCCUGUAGUAAAGAUGACGGUAACAUAACGACCAGUAAGAUCAUAUCAUUGAAACCAAGAAGAAAUGUUCAGGUUUGACAUUAAUCGUCGAAUUUUAGUACUUGUAAAUUUUAAUAAAUCCGAAAAGGGCGCGCUAGUUCAAAAGUGAUUUCUAUAUAUGCUUCUUGUUACUCGAUCUCUCUUUCCUACAUUUUAUAUAUUUUCUUCCAAAUUUUACCCAGCUCUAAUCUCCGUUUGACCAGGGUCGGUUGUUGGGAUUCUUGUCAACCACCAGCUCUCUUUCAUCUCUUCAUAUUCUCUCACCUUCUCUGCAAUGUACCACUCUACAUCUUCUUCAAAUCCUUUCACUCCAUUAUGUCUUCGGACUGCUCCUCUUCAUGUAACGUGUGCAUAAUAUUUCACCCUUGCAUCUCGCAUCUUCUAUAACUCCAUAUCGUCCUCUGAUCUCCUCACUUCAUGUUUCUAACGCAAGGCUUUCCUUCAUCUCUUCAUUGUAACGUGUGCACACUAUCUCACCCUUGCAUCUCGCAUCUUCUACCACUCCACAUCGUCCUCUGAUCUUAUCACUUCAUAUCUCUGACUGGCUUUCCUUCAUCUCUUCCUAUAACGUGUGCAUACUAUCCCACCCUUGCAUCUCACACCUUCUACCACUCCACAUCGUCUUCUGAUCUCUUCACUCCGUAUUUCUGACUGGCUCUAUACAAUCCAUACAAUUUGAUAUUACCGUAAAUUCUUUGCAACGUCUGCCACUUCACAUCUUCCUCAUAUAGGAUUCUUUAUAUGUAUGUAUUAAUGGUUUGGAACCUUAAAGAGAAUCCCUGUAUUCAUCUUAUCUUAAGGCACCUAUUGUUUAGAAUAACUAAAAUAGAGUGAAAGUAAUGGCCACUAUAUAAUAAUUUCUUAUGAUGUAUUUUCAAUUUGAACGUUUAGAUUGCUGUUGGAUUUUGUCUUUCCCAUGAUAUGUUAUCAGACGAAACUCAAACAGAUGACGUCAUUGAGUCGAAAGAAAAUGGAGUAUUACCAAUUCUUAAAAUGGAGAAAAACCUUCAGAUUUUGUUUUCAAAUCAAACGUCACAGGUAAUAUUAUUGUUAAUAAUGAAAUUACCAUCGCCGGAUAAUUUUACCGUUAGGGGUCUUAUACCUGUACCUUAAAUCAUCUAUUUUCUCAAAUGAACCCCCACCUUCACAACAAAGAAACACAUGUGGGAUGAUUAGAUGUGUUAGCUGUCCCGAAAAUUCCUGAUACCAUUCGUUUUCCCAUUCAUGAUAAUGGUAUAUCAUAUUAAUACUUGUAUCGUGUUUGACUAACGUAUGCCAUUUCAUAGCCAAUGGGGUAUAUUAAUUAAUAAACUUGAAUGAAUAAUGAUGAACAGUCUUCUCCAUUAAACCCCGCUACCAAAUAAACCCUUCCCUCCCUCUCUCAGAUGUGCCUGAAAUAAAUAUGUCACCGGGAGGGUCGUAAAGAAUUUACGGUAAUAUCAAUUUGUUUCAGACGUUACCACUCACCGCCACUGUUUCACUGCCUCAUCUCCUACUCUCCAAAGAAAGAAUAGAUUUUGGUUUAAGUCUCGUUGGACAUACAAAGGAAAUGAGCGUUAAACUGACAAAUUUUGGAAAGUCUGCCAGUUGUUGGUUUGUAGAGAAAGGUGAGGAUAUCAUAUAAAACUUCAGACUGCGAACUCGUGUAGGCAUGGUAUCUUUUAUGCUAAGGUCGAUUCCCAUUAACAGACACCUCUCUUAAGGGACACCCCUUUCCAAGCAUACACUUAUCCCCGGUGCCAAUGUUUUACUAAAAUGAUAUCAUAACCAAUGGAUGGUCUCGUUAAAUUUUACAAAGCUCAACAGCAGCAAUCAAUUUUACGACUUUGACUAUAAACGUGUCUUCAAGAAUAAGUUAUCAGUCUAAUUAUUGCGCCAUAGAAGAGCUCAAACCUGCGUAGUUAGCGUUGGUUAUCCGUUUAUUAAUAUCCGUUAACCUGAAAGUGUUUAGCUUUAUGCUUGGCUGGGUUUUUUACAAGACAAUUGUAUUCUGUUAAUUUUGACGCUCAAACGAGGAAUUUGUUUGCUUCUGUGUCAGCGAGGUCUCAAACGUUUCCGCUUAAAAGUGGUUCGACUGUAUACAGUUAUUUCAAUUAAGGUUGUCCACGAGUAAAGCGAAAAAGUCGAAUACGAGCGCGAAAGGCUGCUGGGAAUCUCUAAAACAUUAAUGGAUUUAUUAGCGAUUCCCAGCAUUUUUUCGCGCUCGUAUUCGACUUUUCCGCUUUGCUCGGGGACAACCUUAAUUGAAACAGCUGUAUAUGCAAACUUUCAUAGGAAUUCGACGUAUUUUGCUUGAAGCAACACUAUUGAUUGCUGAAAUUCAAUGUUUUAGAUUCCCGUUACCCUGCAGAAAGUCGUGAAGUAUUUGGAGUUGAACCACCAUGUGGCUUUCUUGAAGGACAUAUCUCCAAUAUAAGCAACAAUAAUGUCUUACUGAAGCUAACGUUUGUUGCAAGGUACUGUGUUGUUUAUAUCUCACGUAGCAUGUGCUUGGAUAAACUUGCUUGAACAUUGUUUCCUGGCCCUGUUCCCCAAAGGAGGGCAAACCAAAAAGCAUUUGCCUGUAGAAUAAGUAAAUUGCUCACUGAGAACAAUUACUGGUUGUGUUAUUUCCAGGCGUAGAUUGAAAAUCAAAGAUCAGGAAAACAUGUUAGUGAACCAAUAGUCACACAUGCAUGCGAAAUUAAAACAAAAUACUUUUUCGUGGUCGUUGUUGUCAUUACAUCUUCUGCACGCAAAACAAACACUGAACUUACUAAAGACCAAUCUCAAGUAUUUCAUAGCGUACUUUAAUUUCUGUUUCAGGAACUGUAUUGACUACGAGUGUAUGUUAGUUUUCAAGGGAUUACUUCAUGAACCAGCUCGCUAUUUAUUGGUCACCGCACGUGGUUCAUAUGAUGGCGGACAUGAAGAUUUAGUUACCACAGCAACGCUAUGA